UCUUAUUGUAAAUAUUUAUUAAUGAAAGUUGGAGUUACAGGCAUCACUGGAUAUCUAGGAUCUGCAGUCGGAAAACACCUUCUUCAGUGUGGAAAGUAUCAUGUCAGAGGAUCAGUAAGGAGCUUAGAAAAUGCUAGCAAAAUCAACCCCAUCAAGCAAGCCUACAAACCUUAUGAAGAUGCUUAUGAAUUGAAAGAGGCAAAUCUUUUAGAUGACGACAGUAUCUAUAAGUUUGUGGAAGGAUUGGAUUACGUCAUUCACGUUGCUUCACCGUUCCCUGAUAUAUCUAAGAAAAUGGACGAAGAAGAACUUAUUAGACCUGCUGUUGACGGAACCUUGAGUGUCUUAAGAGCUUCACAACAAUUUGGAAUUAAAAGAGUUGUCGUAACAGCUUCAACAGCCACUAUUUCAGAUCCAGGAGGCAUGAAGUUGAUGUAUGAUCAUACUGAUCAAGUUGACCCUGACAGUAUAAUAAAUGCAUAUGUGAAGAGUAAGAUUCUAGCUGAGAAUGCUGCUUGGGAAUUUGUAGAAGAAGCCAAAGAAGAAGGAUCACCUGUUGAAAUGUCAACCAUUCAUCCAGCAGGAAUUAUUGGGCCAACUUUAACCAAGGAAACUGAUUUCACAUCAAUGGUUUUAUUGAGAAAAAUUAUGACUGGAAAAGUCCCAAUGCUACCCAGAGUCACUCUAGGAUUCACUGAUGUAAGAGACCUUUCUGUUGCUCAUGAAAAAGCACUAUUUGCUAAACCAUAUCAAAGAUAUGUUACAGCUGCAUAUUCGUUAUUUUUAAGUGAAGUAGGCGAAAUCAUCAAAAAAGAGUUCGGAGACAAAGGUCUUAACCCAACUACCAGAGAGAUGCCUCAUAUACUUGCAAGAAUGAUAGCCCCCUUCAACUCCGGUCUCAAAGGAUAUCUCGGCAAAUGGGGGAAGAAAAUCAGAUACGACUGAUCCCUCGCUGAAAAACACCUUUCCUACACCCAAAGACCCGUUGCAGAAUCUCUCAUAGACAUGACAAACAGCCUCAUCGACCAAGGAUACAUCACACUCAAGAAAUAACCCCCUAUCUAUAAAUUUCAGCACCUAUCCAC